AUGUCGUUCUCUCAGGAAAGAGACUCCAAGGCAUCUCUUUCCCCCGACUGGUCCGCGUGCCUGCGGCCAGUCGCAGGUCCCCCGCUUUCCGCCACCCACAGCCGGGUUACGUCAAGAGCCGCGCGCAUUCCCCCACCCCGCGCCCGUCUCUACCCCACGCCGUGCGCUUCCCCCGCUACGAGGGGGAAUGGGAAGGCGCACGUGUGGCUGCCGCUGCGGCUGGGGAUGGGUCCAGGUGGACUGGGCGGCAUCUCUUGGCAGCAUGUGACUCUGCACGUGGUGCAAGUGGCGGCCCUAUUCCCAGCGUCCUUCUCUGUCGCGACUCCCACUCUAGCCCUUCUCCACCUUCUCUUCUCCUCGCCCCUCCUCUCUCCUCUCGCCCGCCUCCUCUCCCCCCUCUCCCGCGCCCUCGCCCCCCUCUCCCGCCUCCUCUCACUCCGCCCCCGCUUGCGCCCGCGCCCGGCCAGCAGCACAUGCGGGGGGAAGGGGGAAAGCAGCCUGAGCGGGGAAGGGGGAGGGAUGGGGAUGGGGGAUGCUGAUGGGGAUGAUGAUGGGAAUUUGGGAGACGGGGAGGAGGAUGGGGGGGAAGACUUUUGGAAUGGGGGCGAAAUGGAAAUUAGUGGGGAGGAGAAUGCGUAUAUCGAUGACGGCAAUGAUGAUUACUCUAAUGAUAUUAAUUCUAAUUAUAUUGGAGAUGAUUGUGAUGAUGCCGUUAGUGCGCCAUCUGGCAUCAUGCGUGACGUGGCUGCUGAUGCUGACGUGGAGCAUGGAUGGGAAAGGAACCUGCGCCUGCAUGCUCCAGGGGAGGCGGAGGGGGAAGGAUGGGGAGAGAUUGGGGGAGGCGGGGGAGGUGGAGGCGUGUUUGGGAGGGCAGCAGUGGCGGUAGCAGUGGGCGGGGCCAUAUUCAAGAAACUGGCUCCAAGAUUACAUCACACGCUGGUCUGUCUCGGAGCAUCUCUCCCAAUAGCCGUGGAGUAUGAGCGAGUGCGGGUGCGCGUGGGGAAGGGCCCAGCAGGGGCGUGUGGGAGGGAGGGCGAGGCGGCGUGGAGGAGGGCGCAUAGAAGGGCAGCAAGCCGAGUGGCGAAGCUGAUCAAGACAUACCACGACUUACUCCCAGACGCACGGGCAGGCGAGGAGAAAAAGGAAGCGGGAGAAGAGACAGGGGAGAGCAAGGGGGUGGUGGCCGCUCGGCAGAAUCAAUCCAAGGAAGGUUCCUCAAACAAAUCUCCGUCGGAGCAAGCAGCUGCACAGGAAGCUUCCCAAACGGAACCUUCCAUGAAGCAGCGGUGCCGCGACGCCAUCCACCAGCUUCUACUCUUCGCCCUGCGCCGGGGGGGAGCAGCGUUCAUCAAAUGGGGCCAGUGGGCCUCCACCAGAGAAGACCUCCUCCCGCCCUCCCUCUGCCUCGUCCUCGGGUCCCUCCAAGACCAGGCCCCGACACACUCCUUCUCGCAUACCCGCCGCGCGGUGCGGAAAUACCUCGGGUGCCCGUUGGAGGAUCUGUUUGAGGAGUUUGAGAGGGGGGCUCUGGCGUCGGGGAGCAUAGCGCAGGUGCACCGGGCGAGAGUGAGGGGCGCGUGUGCGCACGUGCCUGAGUGGGUGGUGGUGAAAGUGCGGCAUCCGCGGGUAGGGUUGAGGAUCAAGCAGGACUUUGAGGUGAUGGCGGGGGUGGCUGCGGUGGUGGACCGUGUGCCGGGGCUCAAGUGGAUUCGGCUGCAGGACAGCCUGGAGCAGUUCAGUCACACGAUGAGAGAGCAGGCUGACCUGCGUGUUGAGGCAUACCAUGCCCAUCGUCUCUACACCGACUUCUAUCCCGUGAGGGAGAGGGUGGUGAUCGCCCAGGUGCUGCCGCACCUGGUGUCCGAGGGAGUCAUUGUAGAGAGCUUUGAACGCGGGGAGCCGCUGCACCGGUUCCUGCAUUCCAAAGAGAACAGCUCUCUCAACACACAGAUAGCAGCAGUGGGAGUGGACGCGUACCUGAAGAUGCUGCUACAGGACAACCACAUUCACUUGGACCUGCACCCUGGGAACAUCCUCGCUCGCAUGGCAGCACCGCCACCUGCACCACCCACAGGGGAGGGCGCGCUACAGCCGGAGGGACAGGCGCAGCAGGGUGCGCUACAGCUGGUGAUUCUGGACUAUGGGCUGAUGGAGGACCUCUCAGCCCACGUGCGCUCCAACUUCCUCUGCUUCAUCGCCUCCAUCAUGUCCUCCAACGCCCAGCAAGCGACCCACUUUUUGCUUCGGUUCGCGGCACCGUUCCCCCAGCGCUGCACCAACCGGGAUGCGCUGGAGGCUGACAUGAGCGAGCUGUUUGCCAGAGACUGCCAGCUACACCACCGAUGCAUGGACCUUAAUGAUGUGCUUAAAAAGGUUCUCCGCAUAUGCUGGGUGCACCAUGUCACAGUGCAUUCCUCCUACGCCUCGCUCCUUAUCGCCAUGUGUAUUUUAGUGGGGUUUGGCCAGACGCUCGACCCCGAAUUGUCCAUCUUGGAUGCAGCGGCUCCGUGCUUCUUCCUCUACAAUCUCACAGGCCGCAUCAUUGGCAGAAUAUACGGCUAG